AUGAGCGUCAACACACCGGAGCUGUCCGCUGUGUCACAGCACGACCACCUCCUGGAGGAAGCGCUGCCUGCACUGGACGAAAAGGCUUCUUUCAGCGGCGCUGGCAACUUCGUCACAAGGAUCGUACGGAGAGGCGGCCAGGUCUUGUCGACACUAUGGCACGGGAAGCCGAAGAAGACGCUGCAUCGAACGGCCUACCUUGACGGCGUGAGGGGGUUUGCUGCUCUCCUGGUCUAUAUCCUCCAUCAUCAGGUCUGGGGUCACCAUGCCAUGGGCGGCAUGUUCAUCCUGGAGAACGCCUUUGGCUACGAGGACAGGUACUACUUCGCGAGCCUCCCCUUCUUCCGCACCUUCUUUUCCGGCGGCCACCUGGCCGUCGCCGUCUUCUUCGUCAUCUCGGGCUACGCGCUGUCGACAAAGUCCCUCGCCGCCAUCCACCACGGCGACACGACCCGGCUUGCCGACCUGCUGAGCUCGGCCCUCUUUCGACGAUGGUUUCGACUCUACCUCCCGUGUGCCGUCGUCACCUUUGCCUGGAUGACCUCGUGGCACCUCUUUGGCCUGCGCUCCUUCUCCCCCGGGGCCAUGCAACCGGAGGAGACUUAUCUCGCCGACGUCCGGCGGUGGUACGACGAACUACAGUGGUUCAGCUUCGCCUUCCGCGAAUACCAAUCCAACAAGUACAACGACCAUCUCUGGUCGAUCCCGCACGAGUUCAGGGGCUCGAUCGCCGUCUUCACCUGUCUCCUGGCGCUCUCCAAGUGCAGGAGGAACGCCCGGCUCUUCUGCGAGACGGUCCUGGUGGUGUAUUUCUUGUUCGUCGUGGAUGCCUGGUACUGCGCCCUCUUCAUCGCGGGCAUGCUUUUCUGCGACCUGGACCUUCUGGCCGUCGACGGCGAUCUGCCCGCCCCGCUCGCGGCCCUGGAGCCACACAAGUCCUACAUCUUCUACCUCCUCCUCGCCGUCGGCCUCUACGUCGGCAACGUGCCCACCGUGGCCAUGGAGCUCGAGCACAUCAGGGAGUCGCCCGGCUGGUACUAUCUGUCCUUCCUGAAACCGCGGGUGUCGUUCGACCCUCGCUUCUACUUCCAGUCCCUGGGCGCCAUCUGCAUCAUCCCCGCCAUCCCUCGCAUACCCAGGCUCCGGGCCUUUUUCGAAACGAGCUUUUGUCAGUAUCUGGGUCGCGUGUCGUUCGCCCUGUACUUGGUCCACGGCCCGAUCCUGUGGUGUUUCGGCGACCGCAUCUACGCCGCCACCGGACGGGUCCGUGACGAAUCCGCGGAACUCGUGCCCAACUGGGUCAACCUGUGCCCCUUUCCCAGCUGGGGCCCGUUUGGUCUGGAGAUCAACUUCCUCAUGGCCCACGUGGUGUUGCUGUCCGUCACGCUCUGGACGGCGCAGAUCGUCACCAAGGUGGUCGACGAGCCCAGUGUCAGGCUGGCAUCGAGGCUGUUCCAGAGCUUGGGCGAGAAGCAGAAUCCUCCCAUCAGGCGAGUUUGA